AUGGGAGGCAUUGGUAAGACUACUCUUGCCAAAGCCAUCUACAACAAGCUUACCGAUCGAUUCGAGAAUCGUAGCUUCAUUGCCGAUAUAAGGGAAUCAUGGAAGCGUAAUGGCGCACAUUACGUACAAAAUCAAUUAAUCUAUGAUAUAUUGAAGCGCAAAGCCCAAAAUGAGGAUGAAGGGGCUAAGUACAUCUCUUCCAACUUUAAAGGUAAAAAGGUCCUCCUUCUUCUUGAUGACGUGGAUGAUGAUGUUCAAUUGAAGCGUUUAGCUGGUAAUCGUGAUUGGUUUUUUUCGGGAAGUAUGGUCAUUAUUACCACCAGAGAUGAGAGGAUUCUUCAAAAAUUUGGGGUGGACUACGCCUAUGAGCAUAAAGAAAUGGAUAAAUAUCAAUCUUUGAUUCUGUUUAGCAAACAUGCAUUCCAAAGGGACUCUCCUCCAAGGGAUUUUGAUGACCUCACCCAAGUAGUUGUAUCCACCACCGGAGGGCUUCCCUUAACCCUUGAGGUUUUAGGCUCAUUAUUGUGCAAACGAGAGCCGGCGCAUUCGCGAAGUACAAUAGACAAGUUAAAAAAAGUGCCUCAUAAGGAAGUGCAAAAAAAGUUAUGGAUAAGUUAUGAAGUAUUAGAAUAUGAACAACAGCAAAUAUUUUUGGAUAUUGCUUGUUUUUUCAUUGGCUUUAAUAGAAGAACCGUAUCCUACAUGUGGGACGCCUGUGGCUUUUUCCCCGACGAGGGAAUUGAAGUAUUGAGAUCCAUGUCAUUGAUAAAAGUUGGAGAUGAUCAUAAGUUCCGAAUGCAUGACCAACUAAGAGAUCUCGGUAGGGAAAUAGUCCGCGAAGAAAACCGGCGGGAGCCUCGUAACCGUAGCAGGUUAUGGGACUUUGAGGAAGUCGAAAAAGUGCUAAAAAAAAAUAAGGGAACAGAAAAGAUUGAGGCCAUCUUUCUGAGCAAAGGCAGCUCGGAAGGCUCCGGCAAAGCAGCCGAGCGAGAUGGUGCGAUUCACACGGAAGGACAGUUCAAGAAAUUGACCGGUCUAAGGUUCCUUCACGUGGAGGGGGCGCAUCUAAGUGGUGAUUUUGAGGACUCGGUUGAGGGGUUAACAUGGCUUCGAUGGCCAAAUUGUCCUGCGAAUUUUGAAGUGAAAAAUUAUCACGCAACAGAAUUAGUUGUACUGGAAUUGUCAAGAAGCAAGAUAAAUGAGAGUUGGCAGGGAUGGAGUUCUUUCAUGAUGGCAAAGAAGCUCAAAUUUCUCGACCUUUCCCAUUGUGAAUCCUUGGAAGACACGAACUUCCUCUCAGCUUUUAAGAAUUUGGAGGUUCUGAUCCUCAGGUUUUGUGGGGGGCUGCAGCAAAUCGACUCUUCAAUUGGAGACAUGAAGGCCCUCCUCCGCUUGGAGCUGUGCUUCCGCACGAGCCUCACGGAGCUUCCAGCAGAAAUAGGCAAAUUAAGAGCUCUCGAGCAACUCCUCCCGCAGCACACUCGAGCCCUUUCUGCGUUACCGGACAGCAUAGGACGUUUGCAGAAUCUAGACACUCUCAAUAUUUCUUGGAGCGGUGUAAGAGAAUUGCCCAGCUCGAUUGGAAGGCUGAGAAAGCUCCGACAUCUUGAUGCCUCAUGUUGCAGAGAUCCGCAAGGGGAAAUGCCAGAAAGCAUGGGGUCUUUGGAGAACCUAGAAAUUCUAAAUAUUUCUGAGGCCGGCGUAGAAGAAUUGCCUAUUGGUAUAGGGAGGCUGAGGAAGCUCCGAGAUUUAGACGCUUCAUAUUGCAAGAAUCUGAGAGGGGAAAUGACAGAUAGGAGCAUUGGUGGUCUAUCUUGCCUACAACGCCUUGAUUUUUGUGGCUGCGAGGAGCUCCAAUCUCUGCCGGACCUUCCCUCCAGCUUAACAUAUUUGGAUGUCACCUGUCGAAGUCGCAGAUUGCCUUCGCUUUCCCGCCUAACACAUCUCAAGGAACUGCGAGUUAGUGACUGCGAAUUCCUCGAGUGCAUCCAGGAGGAGCCGACGGAUGUUGAACAAUCAGAAUUGCCACAAUCCAAGUUGGAAGUCUUGGAAAUCGGUUGCUGCCCACUUAUUGAAACGCUGGACGUUUCACGGUUCAACCAUCUGAGGACAUUAUCUGCCGAUAGUUGCCAUAAUCUAAUUGAAGUUCGAGGUCUUGAUAAAUUGAUACACUUGGAAAGCUUGACUAUCAAUUGUUGCGAUUCGAUUGAACGGUUGGACCUUCCAAAGUCCGAGGGCCUAAAGAGAUUGGUUGGAGUUCUUGGAAAAGCUGAACAUCACUACUUGCACUUCGAUUGA